AUGGAAGAUCUGUUCUAUGGGAACUUACUGGUAAACCUUUCCAAUGACACCCAAUUCAACAGCAACACGUCAGUUGGACUAAACAGUUCUUCUUCUGACCAGGCUCAAGCUCUGGGAGCUCCCAAAUACAAUAGACCGUUAAGGAUCAUCAUCAUGACCAUCAUCUUCGUUGUGGCAUUGGUGGGGAACACAGUGGUGCUCUACAAGAUCUGCUGUGGGAAAGACAAGAAGAGAAAGAUCAACUUCCUCAUCACCCACCUUGCCCUGGCAGAUCUCUAUGUGUCUGUGGUGACCCUGCUCUCUCAGAUUAUCUGGGAGCUUCUGGAGGAUGAGUGGCUCCUGGGUGAUGUGGCCUGCAGGAUCUUCAAAGUUGUCCAGGUCUCUGGACUCAUCGCCUCCUCUAAUAUCAUUGCAAUAGUUGCCCUGGAGAGGCAUGAUGUAAUUAUGAACCCUCUAAGUACCCCUCUGCCAACUCGUUACUUUGCAGCCAUAGGGUGGCUGUUGUCUGUUCUACUGGCCAUUCCCCAGGCUUUUGUCUUCAAGUUGACUACAGUUGAGCAAGGGCACCGGUGUCAAAAUGUUUUUGGACAGUUACCCAGAUGGCACUUCCAAGCCUACAUCAUCUACAACUCAGUUAAUGUUUUCUUCUUACCUUUUUGCAUCUUAAUGGUAACUUACAGCCGUAUCCUCUGGGUCAUCUGGAGAAAGGGCAAUGAAAGCCAACAUCCAAAAGAUCUGAAAGGAGAUGGUGGGCUUCUGAACAACCGUGCCCAAGCCACCAAAAGACCUAUGAGACUGGUGGCCAUUAAUAGCUGCAUCCCUAGGGCUAAGGUGAAGACACUUAAAAUGACUCUGGUCAUCAUCAUACUCUUCAUAGUUUGUGAACUGCCUUAUUUUGUUGUGGAGAUGAAAGUGGCGUUUGGGACCAUCACUGGGCUGGACGAGCAGGUCAUGGCUGUGCUGGGCAUUUUCGUGGUGACCAACAGUGCGGUCAAUCCCUAUGUUUAUCUCUUCUUCAGAACCAACAACGUGCUCCUCAGCAGGUUGGAGAAGAAGGUGUGCUUCGCCUGCUGCUUGGAGGAAUACAGGGAGAUGACAUUCCCCAGGGACUUCUUUCCAUUAGGUGCCCCCACCCCUCGUAGGGAGCCCUUCAGUACCACAACUACAACGGAGGUGGAGGCAACCACCCUACUACAGCGCUCAUUCCUACAAACAUCAGGGUCCACAGGAAAGGAGACCUCGUCCAUGCUGGUCAGCUGUAUGUGA